AGUAGCAGCAGCCUGGCCACAGUCUGCCGUCUGUCUAUCAGUCUGUCUUUCCGCAAGCCCAUCCGGCUGGCUGGCUUCCUCUUGCUCCUCUGUAACCUGCCUGGCCAGCCACCUAUCUGUAAGGCUGUCUGUUAUCCUUUGUAUCCAGUUGUCUGGCCUGUGUGUCUUGCUGGCCCCAUCGAUCUUUUUCUGUCUGUCCAAUCGCCUGAGUUCACCCUGUGUAAUUUCGUUUCCCUUCAGUUUGUCAGUUUGUCCCCCUCUGUCUGUCCACUGCCCUGUGUGUCCAGCUGCCUUCCUCUCUCUCUCUCCCUGGACCACUGAGCCAUGGCAUGGGGCCAGAGGGCCACGGUCUGCCUGGUCCUACUGGGUGUGGGUCUGGGUCUGACCAUCAUUGUGCUGGCUGUGGUCCUUUCUCAUCACCAAGCCUCUUGCGGUCCUGGUGCCUUCACACGUGCCGCUGUGGCUGCUGACUCCAAGAUCUGCUCGGAUAUUGGACGAGCCAUCCUCCAGCAGCAGGGCUCACCUGUGGAUGCCGCCAUCGCUGCCCUGAUCUGUACUGGGGUUGUCAACCCUCAGAGCAUGGGCCUGGGCGGAGGGGUUGUCUUCACCAUCUACAAUGCAUCAACAGGGAAAGUGGAAGUCAUCAAUGCUCGGGAGACAGUACCAGCCAGCUGUGACCAGGACCUGCUAAACCAGUGUAGAAACUCCCUGCCACUGGGCACAGGGACCCAGUGGAUCGGGGUUCCUGGUGAGCUCCGGGGCUAUGCGGAGGCCCACCGCCGCCACGGCCGCCUGCCUUGGGCUCAGCUUUUCCGGCCCACCAUCGCACUGCUCCGAGAGGGUUUCCAUGUGCCCUCUGUCCUCAGCCAGUUUCUCAACAACAGCAUCCUGUGGCGCUCCUUGAAUUCAUCAACCCUGAGACAGCUCUUCUUCAAUGGGACAGAAACCUUGAGAACUCAGGACCCAUUCCCAUGGCCUGCGCUGGCCAACACCCUGGAGACUGUGGCCACGGAGGGUGCAGAGGCCUUAUACACGGGGAGGCUGGGCCGCAUGCUGGUGGAAGAUAUUGCCAAGCAAGGAAGCCAGCUGACAGUUCAGGACUUGGCUGCCUUCCAGCCGGAAGUGGUGGAACCCCUGGAGAUGCCCCUAGGAAACUAUACCCUGUACUCACCGCCACCGCCUGCAGGGGGCGCUAUUCUUAGCUUAAUUCUCAACGUGCUGAAAGGGUUCAACUUCUCUGCAGAGACGGUGGCCCGGCUUGAAGGGAAAGUGAACAUGUACCAUCACCUUGUAGAGACUCUCAAGUUCGCAGUGGGGCAGAGGGGCCGGCUAUGGGACCCUUCCAGUUACCCAGGGAUACAGAACAUCUCCCAGGACUUUCUCGGGGAAGAUCUAGCCCAGCGCAUCCGCCAGCAGAUCGACGGCCGUGGGGACCACCACCGACUCAGCCGUUACAACCUGUCCCGGGUCAGGGGCAACAAGAUGGGCACCUCUCAUGUGUCUGUGUUGGGAGAAGACGGCAGUGCCGUGGCAGCUACCAGCACCAUCAACACACCCUUUGGAGCGAUGGUGUACUCCCCACAGACAGGCAUCCUCCUUAACAACGAACUACUAGACUUAUGCCGGAGAAACGUACCAGGUUCCAAUGUCAUCCCUCCGCCUGUCCCAGGUGAGCGGCCACCAUCUUCCAUGGUACCCUCCAUCUUGGUCAACAAAGGCCAGGGAUCGAAGCUGGUGAUCGGUGGGGCUGGUGGAGAGCUUAUCAUCUCGGCUGUGGCCCAGACUAUCAUGAAUAAGCUCUGGUUUGGCUUUGACCUGACAGAAGCCAUUGCUGCUCCUAUCCUACAUGUCAACAACGAGGGCCACGUGGAGUAUGAACCCAACUUCAACCAGGAGGUACGGAAGGGGCUACAGGACCGAGGCCAGAGUCAGAGCCAGAGCCAGCGGCCAGUUUUCCUGAAUGCGGUCCAGGCCGUGUUUCAGGAAGGACCCUGCAUCUAUGCCGUAUCUGAUCUGAGGAAGGCUGGAAAGGCUUCGGGAUACUAAGACAGCUGUACCCAGAGCUAGGAUCUGGCCCACUAUGAGUGCCGUGACCCACAUGGAUGAUGCUGUACGCCUGAGUACUCCAGGACCUGGAUCCCUUGCCGUGAGGUCAACCUGGGACUGAAAAGAACAGGGCUCAGCUCAGCAGAUGAAUGACUGGAGAGGGAAGGAUUGACUUGUCCCUGGUCCCCAUCCCAACACCUCCCGUGGGCCUGCCCCUGUUCUUCUAGCCUUGCCCUGGCCUCAUGCUCUCCCUCUUAAAUGGUGUACCUGCCAGUCCAAGAUUAAAAGGAGCCACAGUGUGAA